CGCAGCACUAGGCACCGCUCCCCCACACUCUCUCCUAGAUCCUCUGCAUUGCACGCUGGAAGCUGGAGAGCAGCAGCAGCCGCCAUGGACAGCGUCAAUGUCUCUGAACUGGUGGCGCGCCUCGGCGCCGAGGAGGAGUCUGUUCGCAAAAUGGCUGUCUUCAAACUGCAGAAUGCCAUCGGCGACCCGUCAUUUGCCGAUGUCUUCAUCUACGAAGGGGGCUUACCCAAGCUGAGGUUCCUGGCACUGCACUCCAACGGGAACACACUGGCCUACUGUCUCACUUCUCUGGCGCGGCUGCUGGAGUUGGACAAAGGAUGGGACCAUGUCACGGACGACUUGGUGGCAAGAAUCGUCGACCUCGUUGUCGCGCAGCCACUCGUCAACGUCAACCGAGGCGCAAUGUCCGUCCUCGCAGUCAUUGUCGGCCAUCCCUCGCACCGCAAUCUCCAAACUGGCGACACGGGCUUCCGGCGCCUCAAGCCCGCAGUCGACGCCCAGCCCCAGUUCCUGUCGUCGCUGGUUGAGAAGAUUACGUCGGCCGACCAUGCACUCUGCGCCAGCUCGCUCCAGCUCAUCAAUGCCCUCAUGCGCGACGCCAUUGCCAACGACGCUGCAUUUGAAUGGCCCAAAUUCGUAAAGCAACUGCAGGAGCUGGGCGUGAUUAAGAGUGUGUAUGGGCUCAUGCAGAGUACGGCGAUACAGGACCUCGCGCAUCCGCUACUGGACUUUCAAUCCUUGACCAAGACACUUUUGCGAAAUUGGAGGGAAGAAAAGGUUGAUCUGGAGAACCCGGAUCACCGAAGGGCAAUUCGCGGUCUGCACACGGCGAGCCAGCCCGAAAAGUCAUCGUCAGAGUCCAAGUCCAAGGGGAGCGUGAGAGACCACCCCGACAAAUGGAGCCGAUUGGGGUUCGAGACGGAAUCGCCAGCGUGGGAGUUUAAUGCGACUGGAUUCCUGGGGCUGAUGGACAUUACCGACUUUGUGUACAAGAAUGAAGAUGGGUUCCAGAAGCUGCUGCUGGAGCAGUCGGCACAGCCCCCUGAGCAGCGGUGCCCGAUUGCCCGUGCCAGUCUUUCCGUGACACAGACGCUGUAUGAGCACUUUGAAGUGGAAAAGCUGGAUGAUGUCGAGGCACUGCGCCACACGGAUUCGCGGGCCAACUUUGAUCGAGCCUUCAAGCCGCUGUUGCUGCAUUGGUCUAGAUUGCACACGGGCGGGCUGAACGCCUUUAUCCGGCUCUGGAAGGCAGCCGGGGCGCAACGGGAAGACUUUGAAAAGAUUGAGGAGCUGGUGCGCAUCUUGGUCGAGCAGGUGGUUGGGCAGGCGCCACGCACAAAGGACAUCAAAGACAUUGAAGAGGAACUGGGGCAGUUUGAGCUCAAGCGGCUCCGAGAGCUUCAGAUGGAGGUGCUGGAACUGACGUAUGAAGAUGCUUGGGGCCAUCACCUGCGGCAAGUUCGCGAUGAGCUCAAUCACGAGGCGCUGCAGUUUGUCAAGGAGCAGCGUAUAAGAUGCCUGCUGCAGGGCGCAUGGUUCCCGACGGGCGUCGACUUUGGCACACAGCCCGGGGCAGUUGGCGGUAACCGUUCUGUGCCAUCGGCGGGGCGCUUUGUUCGGCUGUCACACAACCGACGAUAUCUGCACUAUGCAGACUUUGACGAAAAGAUGGGCAUGGAGCCGAAAUUAGACGCACUGCAGGACAAGAUCGAUCUCUCCAUUGUAUCGUCGGUGGUGAGCAAUGUCUCGGCGUCGGCCCCGUCGACAGCAUCAUCUGACGAUACAGUUCGGACGUUGCCGGGGCAAGAACGGGCGUCAACGUCAACUAAGAUCACGAUCCACGGCUACGUGCCGGUAUCUAGUCAUUCGCGGCAAGCUUCCAGCGGGUCCGGGGCAGGGCGACGAGAAAGCGUGCUGCUGCAGCUGUAUCCUCAGAGCCACACGCUGGCUUCCGAGUGGCUUGACGGGCUGCUGAUGCUGCUCAACCAGCAGCCGAUUACGGCGAAUACGAACAAGCUCGUGACGUUCAUCGGCGGGUACGGGCUCAAGAUCCGGCUGCUCAAUGUGCGGUACGAGGACGUGGGGCUGGAGGAGCCUGUUCUGCCGAGCCGAGAAGGGCUGGAGGAUGAGUACUACUAUGACAUUACGGGGGCCUGAGGCCAAAGGCGACAUUGACAUGGCGACGCACGGACAAGGGCGGUUGACAAGCUUGCGGGCGCAGCAUGUUGGGGCAAGCUACGAGGCAGCGGCUAAGGGCUAAUAAAGCUUCUGCAUGGGCGACUUGGCAGAGGCAGCGGGGUAUGAGCCGAGGGAUUUGAGUGCUGGGACGGCAGGUAUUGGGUGUUGGGGCGGAGGGGAGGCGGAGGGUUUCGGGGGAUUUGGUAAGCGGAGCAGAGUGCAUUGGUGGUUGAUUGGCGGUGGUAGGCGCA